AUGGCUGUCGCCCUACUGACUGAUCAUCGCAUAGAGCAAGAUCUGGAUCUGUUCUUUGUCUCAGAAGCUUUCCAAUUCAGUCCUGAUGAACCAUUAUACGAUUCGGUCUCGCUGGUGGACGGUCAGAUACUUGAUUAUUCAGAGCGCAACAACGCGUGUUCACAAAGUGACCUGUUGGAGUGGACAAACUAUUUGAGCAAUGCAAUAUGCGGCGGUGACAAGAGUGUUGGCGUUGACGUUCCUAUCCCGCCACCUCUUGGUACCCUGGACGAGAGUGUUCACCAAGGAACCUCAGGCGUCGGGUAUUCAAACACGUCGAGUUGCAUUGAUCCCAGUUUGUUAACUCAACAUGUACACGAACCUUGUUGUUCCUCUCUGUCAUGGCUCGAUCAAUCCACCAAACAGACCUUAGCCGAAAACUCGCAAUCGCAAUUAUCUCCACAUCAAACCCGCCACUCAAAGGCGACAAACGCACGAGCACCAGCCACUCCCAACGAUAUGAGCAUUGAAGCUUACCCGAGCCCGUCCUCAUUGCCGUCUCUCGGUCGACUCACCCCUAAAGUAGCAAGCCCACCGGAUACAACUCAGAUUGGGUUAAACAUACCAGACGGCAAAAUUGCAAUCGAGCCCGCAGGGAUGAGCUUCAUAUGUAAGACUUGUACAAAGUCUUUUCCCAACAAGCUCCGCUAUGAUCGACAUGCCAAUAUGCACAGCUGCAAGGCACCUUCCAGAUGCGAACAAUGCGGACAGUCAAUAAAGCAUCUAAAAGACCUUAAACGUCACCUGGGCUCCAACAAUGCACUGCCUUCGUGUCCUGCACUCAAGAAUGACUCCCCCCGGGCGAGUAGCUUCAUGUGCUUUUGCAGCUCCAAGACCUAUACUCGAAAAGACUCUCUUGUACGCCACUUACGAACGUCCAAGGCAGGGAACCAUCGUUGUAGGACCUGCAAUAAGAACCCUUGUGCUUGCUCAUAA